AUGUGCGAGAUCACACUGCCCGGUGAAGAAUAUCUCGCUACACUUGCGUACCUUGUAUUCAGUUUUCAGGAAGGGCGAUCGAGCGGAUUGGGGCCCAAGUGGGUACCUGGCAGAGUGAUUCGAGACACAUUCAAGGAUGCGGUGUCAGGUUUCAUUUUCCGGCCAGACCUGCAGGCAUUCAGCAAGACUGUGGCCGGAGAUCACACCACCAUGGUGCAGAGUUUGGAAGUCCUGACCUUUAACUUCCUCAAAGGGCUUGAUCACAAGUUUGUAGAUGAACACUGCCUUAGCGAUUACAGCCCCGGCGAGGCGUGCGUUCCGGCAACUCCGAUGUACCUCUUCGUCAAAGAGACGUUGAAGAAUCAGCGCAGCAAGGUGCGAUCAGUGCUUCUCACCAAUAUCCUGGGUGCGCCCGAGGGCGCGGUUGGCGAUGUGCUGCUCGUCCCGUCUGCCAAAUCACUGGUGCUUCAGGUCGCCCGAGUGUUUAUCCGCGAGGCUCGAUCUCUUGGCAACAAGGAAACAUUGACAAAAUUGGGGCGCGAGACUGUCAAGUGCAUCAUCUUCAUGCAAUACGUGACAGUGUGGUAUCACCUCAAUCACACAGUCAACAAAAAACGUUGCCAGUGGACUGUCAUGGACGAAGUACUGGCAGACCUUCGUGCCAGACCAGAAAGCGAUCGAGCUUUGUACUUCGAUCGUAUUGUGCGCUAUGAGCGCAACGCUUUUGAUGGCAAGCGUUCGUGGGCGACCAUGAAAACUUUGGGACCACAUCUGGCAUCUCCCGCAGUUGAGGAAGUGCUAGCACCGGCCGUUGAGAAUGACGCGCAUGCUCUCGGCGCUGGGGACGUGUUAGGGGGGUCUGGCUCUGGGCAACCGGGUGGAGAGGAGGAUGGCGAGGAGGAUGAAUCAAUGAUGACAUAA